UGUGUGUGUGCGUGUGUUUAUUUCAUCUCCCGCGCAAAAACGUUAAGAAUUUAAUGAUAUUUAUUAUUUAUUUUUUUUAACUGUAGAUAAUAUUUUAAUAUUUGAAUGUCCACUAUUAAAAAAUUAUGGGGACGAUAGAAGUUACAUUUCCAUUUGGUGGACAACCAGGAAAAAUAUUGAAAUGGAGAGUUCGAAUGGAUACGAUGGUUUCAGCGGGUAGAGUGUUACUUUUAUAUCAAAAUGUUACUUCAGAAACGGAAGAUAGUAAAGGACCUGAGAAAAAAUAUCGAGCUACACGAUUUGGCCGUGUUACAAACAUUUUAGCAAAAGAAGGAGAUGUAGUACAACCUGGGCAAGUGAUAAUGACAUUAGAAGGAUGUAAACAUCCUACUGUAAUGAAAGAUCUAUGUGCAGAAUGUGGUGUAGACUUAAGAGUUGAAGGAAUUGGUAAAGAAAAUGAAAGUACAAAAAUAUCACAAGCUAGUGUACCAAUGGUACAUAGUGUACCAGAAUUAAAAGUAUGUCCAGAAUUGGCUGAAAAGAUUGGAAAGGAAGAUGAACAACGGCUUUUGAAUGAUCGUAAAUUAGCAUUACUUGUAGAUCUUGAUCAAACAAUUGUUCAUACAACAAAUGAUAAUGUUCCUCCUAAUAUGAAGGAUGUUUAUCAUUAUCAACUUUAUGGGCCAAAUUCUCCAUGGUAUCAUACUCGUUUAAGGCCUAAUACUCGACACUUUCUUUCUGAAAUGAGUCGUUUAUAUGAAUUACAUAUAUGUACAUUUGGAGCAAGAAACUAUGCACAUACUGUAGCAGCAUUAUUGGAUAAAGAUGGAACUUUAUUUUCUCAUAGAAUACUUUCAAGAGAUGAAUGUUUUGAUCCUGCAUCAAAAACAGCUAAUCUUAAAGCUUUAUUUCCAUGUGGGGAUGAUUUAGUAUGUAUUAUAGAUGAUAGGGAGGAUGUAUGGCAAGGAUGUGGGAAUUUAGUUCAAGUUAAACCUUAUCACUUUUUUCGUCAUACUGGUGACAUACAUGCACCUCCAGGAUUAGAAAAAAAUGAUAUUUCAAUUUUACCCGAAUUACAAAAUAUAAAUGAGAUUUGCACUGAUGAAAAUAUAGGUGAAACAGAUAAAAAUAGUACAUCUGAAUUAACAAAUGAAAGGAAUAGAGUUGAUAAUGAUUUUAAAAAAGAGAUUAAAGAAAUUGUUGAAAGUAAAGAAAAUGAACAUGAAUUUAUAGAAAAAAAUGAUGAAAAUACCAAAGAUGACAUUAAGAAUAAUGUUGAUCUAAAUCCUAAUAAUGAAAACAAAGAUAAUAAAACAUCAGAAACAAAGGAAAGUUUAAUAUUAUCUGAAUCAAUACAAGAUAUUAAAAAUGUGGAUAAAAAUCCUGAUGAAAAUAAUAUUUUAGAUGAAGAUGAUGAUGAUUAUUUAUUAUAUUUAGAAGAUAUUCUUCGUAGAAUUCAUACUGAAUUUUAUGCUACUAUAGAAAAAGAAGGUGGAAAUCGGAAAUCAUUAAGAGACAUUAUUCCACGAGUAAGAGCUCAAGUGUUAAAAGGAGUACAUUUAACUUUUAGUGGAUUAAUACCAACUCAUCAAAAACUUCAUCAAAGUCGAGCUUAUAAAGUUGCCAGAGCAUUUGGAGCAGAAGUAGCACAAGAUUUAUCAGAAAAAACUACUCAUCUAGUUGCUAUAAGACCUGGUACAGCAAAGGCUAACACAGCAAAAAAAAAUUCGAAUAUAAAAAUUGUAAAUCCAGAUUGGCUUUGGACUUGUGCAGAACGUUGGGAACAUGUUGAUGAGCGUUUAUUUCCACUUACUACGAAGGCACGUGCGUCUAGAAUUCCGCCUCCACAUUGUAGUAGUCCAGAACGAAUAGAAGAACCAGAAAAAAAUAUAGAAGACAAUUUUGCUGAUAGUAUUAAUCCUUUAAUGUCAUUCACACCAGAAGAAAUAGAAAUUAUGGAUAAAGAAGUUGAAGAAGAUAUGGAUGACCAAGAAUUAGAUGCACCAGCUUUUGAUACAGAGGAUUUAGAUGAUGAAGAAGCAUGUGAUAAAAAAACUUUUCACAGAAGUUCUGAUUCUGAUGAUUCUACAAAUCAUGAUCGAAGCAAUAUAAAUGAACCAAAGAAAAAAAAGAAAUUUUCUAAUGAAAGUUCAGAAGAUGAUCAUUCAUCAAGUGACAAAGAUACAUUAGAUGAUGAAGAUGAUGAUCCUGUAACACGUUUUAGAAGAGGAGAAAGUUUACCUGAUGAUUUAGAUUUAGGUGAUAAUUCACAAGAUUCAGUUGAAGAUUUGGAAAUAAUGGAUAAUGAAGAUGAGCGAGAAUGGAAUGAAAUGGGAGCAGCACUUGAAAGAGAAUUUCUUUCUGAAUAAUUCAUUAACAACCUAUUUUGCUUUUAUGAAUUAAUUUUCAUAUUAUUUGUAAAUUUUGAAUCGAUUGUUGUCAAUUUUUAAAAUGUUUGUAGAAUUCUGAUUCAUGUAGUUUGCAAUUUUAUAAAAAACUUAAAACAAUGUUUUUAACAAAAAAAAUAUAAAAGAA